GCGCUAGUGAGUCAUAGUAAAGAACGGAACUUCCUCCUGGUUCCGAACGUCUCCGUGGCUCAUUUAUUGAAAUAUUCCUCUUUUCAGCCCACCUGGGAAGUCCCACUGCUGGCUUCACAGCCUAUUUAAAGGAGGGAUUGCAGCACCCGACGUGUAGCAAUCGCUGAAUUCCUUCAGACCUGUUGCGCCUCUUCGUUUACACUCAACAAAUCCAAGAGCGGCGUGGGAAUGGAGAGCAACAAGGCGUGUCUCUUUGCAGCGCUGUGCGUCUUCCUCAUUGUUUCCAGCUUCGUCUGCAGCUCAGAUUCAGCGAGCUGCUGCUUGAGAUACACCAAAAUGAAGCUGUCCUGCCUUCAGGUGAAGAACUACAGCGUUCAGACCAUCCACGGCUCCUGUGACAUCUCUGCCAUUAUUUUCCACGUCAACAGGAGGUUCGUGUGCGCCGACCCGGCGAAGCCGUGGACCAGGAGGGCCGUGAAGUGCGUGGAUGAGAGACGGAAGAAGAGAGUUAAUGAAGUCCUGAAGAAACUGAGCAAUGACAACAAAACUCAAUAACUUGGAGUCAAAAUGGCUGGAAAAUAAGA